AGAGCUCAUCUCUCUAGGUUUUUCAUCCACUCCACUGCUGGCAGAUGGUUUUCUGCUUUGUGCGCGUUUUGGUCCCGAAUCUGUGGCGGUGGAGUGCAAGAACUUACUGAUAUUCAGUCAGCAUUCAUCCUCAGCUAGCAAUCGUUCGCUGCAGCUGGUUUUCGUCCUCGCAAAACUGAAGACUGCUAUAGUCUGUAGUCACGGCUUAACAGGUUGCCCGAAGGCUACUCGCGUAAUUCUGACCUGUUCAACGGCGGUCCUUGGACUUCCGAAGCGUGGGUUGAACGGGUUUCACUCUUCCUCGCCUCUCACGUGUACCGCAUCAGUUUCGCUUCUUCUGUAUGUUUUGCAGACAAAGUGUCGUCACAUUGCGCGCCUCGUAUUCCUCACGUCGGUCGUCGGUGGCGGCAAUUCAAUUCUUCAGACGUUUGUUUUGAUCGCUCGUUUCGCUUUCGGUGCCCGGGUCCGUGUGAUUUCCGAGUGACAUUGCGGUGCUGCUGAUGCCCAAAUGAAUCAUGUAGAAGGGAAAGUACCCGAGGGGAUAGUGAAGAAGACGUCUUCUUCACCGUUCAAUGAAUAAUGUGAAACACGUGUUAAUGGUGUGAAAUUUAGAAUGUGGUAAUAAGAUAAUUGAAAACUACUGUUCUGCUGCUGUAGUGGCACGUCGUGAAUCGGGAGAGCAAUAAGUAAAACCAGUGAAUAAUUAGUUACGCGAGUAUUUUCCCUUCAAGGGAAACUCGUGUUACAUUGGGGUUCUGUCGGUCAGAAUACUGAAGUGGUGUGAAGCCGCCCACGCGCGGAAAGUGUAUUAAUUAAAAUUCCGUGUACGGUCCGGACCAACGCCUGGCCAGGCUACAAUAGCAAUUAAUUAAAAUUUCAUGAGGAAAACAGAUUUUUGCCACCACCGCACUGGAUAGAGGUAAUUUGUGGAACAAUGAAGUGGUACAUAUUGGUCAGCAUUGUUUGGUGGGUUACUUUCCUGCUUGUUGUGGUGCUGGCAGUGGCCUCGCCUGAUGGAUACCUGAAAAUGUUCCCAGUGCAGUCGCAAUUCGAUCCGUGUUACGAUGAAGACAGAUCAAGGCGCUGUGUUCCGGACUUUGUGAAUGCUGCAUUUGGCAUGCCCAUAGUAGCUACAUCCACUUGUGGGUUACGAGGUCCAGAAGAAGUCUGUGAUAGUCAAGAGCUUCGAGGGCCCUGCCAUCAAUGUGACGAUAGUAUCCCUAGAAAACGUUUUCCUGCUUCUGCUUUAACAGAUGUUAACAACUCGAACAAUGUUACCUGUUGGAGAUCUGAAGCUAUUCCCACACCGAUGGGUUUAAAUGAACCUCCAGAUAAUGUCACACUGACUUUAUCACUCGGCAAGAAAUACGAACUAACCUAUGUCAGUCUCACAUUCUGCCCAGGUGCUGUCAAACCAGAUUCUAUCGCUAUAUAUAAAAGUGCCGACUUCGGAAAAUCGUGGCAGCCGUUCCAGUUUUACAGUUCCCAGUGUCGUAAAGUUUACGCUCGACCUAAUCGGGCAACCAUUACAAAAGCUAAUGAGCAGGAAGCUCGAUGCACAGAUGCCCACCGCCACAUGGGGGAAUCAACAGGAAUACAAGGCUCGAGAAUAGCUUUUAGCACCUUGGAAGGUCGCCCGUCUGCUUCAGAUUUCGACUCCUCACCAGUACUCCAGGAUUGGGUCACUGCUACCGAUAUACGCGUAGUUUUUCAUCGCUUACAGAUGCCACAAGAGUCUAUAGAGGAUUUAUUCCUGCUCGGUUCACCGCAGGUGCCACCCUCAUUCCGACAGAAGAAAACAUCUUUCGGAUACAAUGGAAUCGAUAACUACGAGACUACCGACUCGACGGUUGCAGCUCCAACCAUUCCUGCGCUGACACAUCACUACGCAGUUUCGGAUUUCGCCGUGGGCGGACGGUGCAAGUGCAAUGGACAUGCUUCCAGGUGUGUUUUGGGACGCGAUGAUGAUUUGGCGUGCGAUUGCAAACACAAUACUGCCGGCAGAGAUUGCGAACGCUGCAAACCGUUCCACUUUGAUCGCCCUUGGGGGCGAGCCAAUGCACGAGACUCGAAUGAAUGUAAAGUGUGCAAUUGCAACGGUCACGCACGGCGCUGCCGCUUCAACAUGGAGCUGUUCAAGAUGUCGGGCCGGAUCUCCGGCGGUGUUUGUCUCAACUGUAGACACGCAACCACUGGCCGCCAUUGUCAUUACUGCCGCGAGGGAUACUAUCGGGACGCCACCAAACCAAUCACGCACAGGAAGGUGUGCAAACCAUGUGAUUGCCAUCCCAUAGGAUCAUCCGGUAAAACGUGUAAUCACACCACUGGGCAAUGCCCCUGUAAAGAUGGAGUGACAGGAUUAACCUGCAACCGAUGUGCCCGUGGAUAUCAACAAAGUCGAUCGCACAUCGCUCCUUGCAUAAAAAUUCCACGGGUCAUCAGUAUGGUGCAUCCUCAGAAUACAGCACCUGAUCCACAGCGUCACGAUCCGGAUUCUCCUUCCUACCGCACGGACGCCGGAAGGGAGUGCGGAAAAUGCAAAAUCGGCACAAAACGACUAAAUCUAAACAAGUUCUGCAAAAGAGAUUACGUAAUAAUGGCCAAAGUAACAGCAAAGGACACGAAAACCGACCACGUAAACCUGAAAAACAGCCAGAGCCACAACACCCAGAACAGCAACGACGUGGUAAAGUUCACACUAAGCGUCCAAAAGGUGUUCAAAAAAAGCCCAAGUCCAAGCAGCCCGCUGGCGCUGUCGCUGAGAAGAUCAACCCUCGUAACACUCGUCGUGGAAGUGAAAGAUCUCGCAUGUCGCUGCCCAAGAAUCAAAGUCAAUAAAUCCUAUCUGAUCCUUGGUCGGGACACGGAGGGACCACCGGGAGCGCUCGGCAUAGGACCCCGAUCAAUCGUCAUUGAAUGGCGUGACGAAUGGCAUCGGCGGUUAAGGAAAUUUCAACGACAAGCGGCACGGACGUGCCACUGAUUGGUGUCUCGUCCAGACUAUCGUUUCUUGCUAUACGUACCGAAACAACGAACUCACAGCGACGAGAUUUUCAACAAUAGUCGAUUAAGAUAUAUCUCCAUUGGCCAAUAUAUAAAUUAUUACUAAUUUAUGGAAAACUUGUACGAUCUUCCCGAGUAAAUAAAAACAUAUAUUUGAAGGGACGCCAUAGUACAACUAGAGUUUAGUUUAUCGGAGGCCACCAUAAAUGCUAAUGAUUCUCGAUUUGCUUGUAUAGAUUUUAUGUGCAGAAUUUAUGCAUCAAUUCAGUUUUCCCACAUCACAUUACACUGUACAGGAUGCCUCGUGUCGAUAUAGCAUUCCUACGGAAGAUUUAUACCGACCAAGAUGUUGUAAAACACAUUUGCUUGUGCAUUUUUAUCAUUGCCAAUCGUUAUUUAUACCAGUAGAUGUAAGUUAGGACCCUAUUAUUGAAUAUUUAUGUAAUUUGUUGAUCGUUGAAGUUUCCUUAGAUCGUAGAUGCCGUGUUCUAGAGCUCUCCUAUUCCUUAAAAGUAAUAAGCGUCGCCAUAUCACUACAUAAUCAGUAUUUUUACCAGUUAAGAAGUUUGUGUGAUUAUUACUAUACUUAAAAAUUUAAACUACUCUUUUUUAACAUUAAGAAAUUUGGUAAGUCCUACGUGGAGAAAUAAAUGAAUAAUUUUACCGAGA